CAUUGGCGACGACAUCCUACUUAAUGUUUGUUGAGGCAAAGGCGCAUCAGUAAAUUGAGUAAUCACAAUCCUGUCAGCUGAAUCGAGGAGCUUUGAAGGUCUGCAGCAGAUGAAUGCUGGGGUGGACAAUGCAGUGCUCACGUGCGGAGAUGCAAGUCUUCUUCGCAAAUGCUAGCGGGUUUGCUGGCUUCAUUCUUAGACUUGCCCUAUACGACAGUGGUGCCCUAAAGAAAGUCAUGCAAAGAGGAUCUUACUGGUAGUCCAGCCACGGUGCCGCUAAGGCGCUUCCUCCGCUGGUUGAAAGGUCCAAUCGAAGUCUGCACUGACCAGAAUUCUGGAAGAGCAACUGUCAAUGAGAGACGGGUAACUUGCAACCCUGAGCCAGGAGCUCCUGGCUCCCUCUAAUCACAAUCUUGAGGAGACCUGGUUUCCCUUGACCAAUCCUGCUUCAGGUUAACAGUACAGUCUUGUCUGCUCUGGGUGUUGAGGUCUGGGUUGAGGGCGGGGUGCUAUGGGUUCGUCUCUAGGGCCCCAGGGCCGGUGGGCCCUCGGUAUGUCUUUUGUCACGGCCGUCGCGCUCAUCUGGGUGGUCGCCAGCUUCGUUGUCCAAGCCGUCGAAGCGGCCGGGACCACGCCGUUCCUCUUGACCUACAUUUGCAAUUCACUCUUUAUCCUGUACAUCCCCCUGACGGAAGCCACACGCGGCUGCCAAUCCUUCCUCAAAAGGCGCCUCGCUCGGAGAGCCCUGCAGCUCCCGACCUCCCCGCAGCGCGAGGUGGGGGGGCAGAAGAAACCCAACUGGCACUUUGAGCUGUGGCGGCGGAAGAGCCUGCCCGUCUCGUACACAGUGAUUGGCUUGGCAAGCCCGGGGAGGUCCGAACCAGAUCUCGAGCCAGCAGACAAUGACAGCCUUCAAAAUGGGGGUGUCCAUAAUGCAGCGAUGCCGGGGGGGGGGCACGGUGCGCCCCUUUCGGAGGGUCACAGUUCCCAUUCUUCAGGACAUCAGAAUCUGCCAAGGAUUACGACACGCGGGGUGGCGCAAUCACCUGAUCUGCCUCCGACUGGAGCCUCCCCCCCAAAGCACGGAGCGUCCCCCAAGAGACAGGGCAUGUCCCCCGACCUGCGCCCUUUGCACCACCACCUCGUCUCCGCAGUUUCUCUUCCAGGGGGACGCGCAAGCCCCCGUUCCCCGGGCGCUUCCGGUUUUCGGGCGGUCGACUUUUCCCCUCCAGAAGGCCCUGUCGAGGACCGACGCCACAGCCUGAGCCACGCUCACAGGCCCCCGGCGCUUCCGAGCACCCCCGAACAGGGCCUCUGGAUUGAUACGUCAGAUGGGGGGGGUCCCGAGGGUCAUCGAAUGCCUCUGCCGAGCCCCCACCGGCUCGCCAGCGACGUGUUUUCGGAGGAGGAUCUGGGGGGGUAUUCCGAGGUGGACAUGAGCGAGCAUCUGUGGCAUCCGGGCAUGCAGCACCAGCAGGGAGGGGGGUAUUGCGAGGAGCACAAGCGGGCGGCGCGCAUCGGGCUGGUGAUUGCGCCGCUUUGGUUCAUGGGGCAGUACACGUUCAACCUGUCGCUCAUUUUAACGACAGUCACGUCCAACACGAUCCUCAGCAGCUGCUCCUCUCUCUUCACCUUCAUCAUCUCGGUCGUCUGGCUCAAGGAACCCUUCACCUUCUUCAAGCUCGCCAUGAUCGGCUGCGUCAUGGGGGGUACCGCCUUAGUCAGCGUCGCAGACUCUGCCCCGGACCCCCAAUCCCGUAACCGCGCCCCUAACCCAAUCCUUGGAGACGCGCUGGUUCUCCUUUCCGCGCUGUUAUACGCAACUUACACCACCAUGUUGAGGAAAGAACUGCCGGACGAACGGAGUGAAGAGGAGGAGGGGGAGGCGGUUCCGGAACAGAAAGUUUCCACCGCUCUGGUUUUUGGGUUUGUGGGGCUGUUCGGCGCGCUCCUGCUGUGGCCGAUCCUGCUGGGGUUGCACGUCACCGGGGUGGAGCGGGUGCGCAAGAUGGGGGGGAGGCAGUUCGGGCUAAUUAUCGCGAAAGGUCUGCUCGACAACGUCCUCAGUGACUACCUCUGGGCCCGAGCAGUGGUCCUCACAACCCCGACCGCCGCCACCGUCGGCCUCGCCUUUCAGACGCCGAUCGCGAUCGUCGCCGAUAUAUUCAUCAACAGGAACAGCCCGAGCGUUCUGCUUCUUGUUGGAGGCGCUCUUGUAACAGUAGGAUUCUUUGGCAUCAACGUAACGCCACUUACGAGUUGGGGGAAUAAGUUGGACGGCCGGGCGCUGGAACCGGGCGGCCUCGAGUUGUCGCCGGACAACCAACGGCCGGUAGAGGGGUCACGGGACCUUGCUGACGGUUUCGAGCAAACAAGGACAUGACUAUUACCAUGUUGGCAGUGUUGAUUAUGUUAUGAGUCAUUUACUUGUAUCUUAAUAAGG